GACGCUCGCUAACAUGAAGAAGUAGUCGUCGAUAUUGGUUUUAUUCACUUGACAACUCUCGGUCACCACAUUCAUUUCAAUAAACAAGAAAAUAAAUACCAAAAUGUUUUGUAUUAAAUCGAUUUUUUUACUUUUAAUAAUUAUAAAAAAUACAAGUGCUGUACUAAUCAAGUGUUGUGAUGACAACUAUUAUUUAAAUGAUAAUUUCAAAUGUAUUAAGUCUCAAAAAAAUAACACAGUAACUUUUGAUAAUAUAACUGAUGGAACUGAAUCUUCUUUCAAGCCUUGCAUUUAUGAUUUUAUUGGCCAAUCAAGUGAGGAAAAAAUGUGUAUGGGAAUUUUAAAAAAUGAAACAAUUAUCAAAGUGUCUUGUUUUGUUGUUCAUGGAGUUACUGAAAAUAUCCAGUGUGAUAGUUUAUUGACAGUUUUAAAUUUUUGGGGUGCAAAAAUGGUUAUAUUUGCUACAAUUUUUUACACAAUACCAUAUUUAAUUUUAAUUAUUGUUUAUGUUGUUUAUUCAGAUCUUAGAAUUCGUGCUUAUGAUAAAUCAGUACUGUCAUUUAGUGUUUAUUAUUUUGUGAUUAAUUGUUGUCUCGUGACUCUUGGAUUAUUUGAAACUUGUCAUAAAAUUUUACCUGCUUAUGUUUAUGGAAUUUUUGGAUUAGUUUUUAUAUUUUUAGUACAACAAACUUGCAUGUGGUUAUUUGCAAUUUGUUUUGACAUUACACUUGUUAUUACUAGAUUUCAAUGGGCACCCGGUAAUGAUGAUUCUAAAAAAAGAAAUGAAAUUAAAAAAUUUCGUACGUAUACCGUAAUUAUUUUAGCUGUAUCAUUGAUUCCAACUGUUAUUACUGCUGUUUUUGAAUUUAUACCAAUUUUGCCAAAUGAUUCAUUUUUUAAACCAAACUUUUCAAAUUUUCAUGGUAAACGUAAAACAUCACAGUUAAUAUAUACAUUCACGGUUCCAGUUUUAAUGCUACUAGCAAAUACAAUAUUAUUUAUUUAUACAACUUACAAAAUGUUUAAAGUACAAAAAGAUACUAAAUUUUUGAAUAAAAAUAAUGUUAAACAAGCCAAAAGCAAAUAUUGGGUAUAUCUUAAGCUAUAUUUAAUUAUGGAUACACCAUGGAUAUCUGGAACUUUGUCUGCAAUUUAUCCAAGUCUUUGGAUGUUAAAAUUUGUACGAAUGAUACAACCACUAUUGGUACUUUAUGUAACACUUCCAAAAAAAAGAGUAAUUCAAGCAAUUGGAUGUAAAAAAAAAGUAUUAAAUAAAAGUCCAUCUAUUCGUAUGAUUCAAUUAACUGAUAAAAAAUCUUUAAAACAAUUAAAUGACAAUGAAUUGGGUUUAACAAAGCCACUUAAUAUUAAUGAGGAUGAUAAAUAAAUAUAAUUGUUAAAAUUACAUUCAUUUUAAGACUAAUUAGCAUUUAUUUGUCAUACGAAUAUAUUAUUUUAAAUAUUUUAAAUAAGUUUGUUGUUUAUAAUAUUUAAUAUUAAUGCUUUUCAAACAUUUUAGUGAACAAAAUAUAAUGCAUUUUGUCGCAAAUGAAUUGGGUAAAACUGAAACUGUAAUUCCCAGUUCAUAACAGUGCGGAAAUGGUUAUAUAAACGAUUCUAAUAGACUCUUUAACUAGGUUAGAGUAGAUUGAAAUACUUCGAAGCGAUGUUCACCAAACAUAUAGCACACUCAAUUCCACCAAUUGAAUUAUAACAAUUUUUUUUUUAAUUAUCACUCUUUUUUUUAAUAAAUAAUUAAAUUAUGUGGUGUAAUAACUUUUGAUAAAUUAAUUAAAAAAUUUUAAUGAUAAAAAAAAAAAACUUUAUUAUCUUUUUUAUUUUUUUUUUUUAUUUUUUUGUGCUAACUUUUGUUUUUUUUUUUUUUUUUUAGUAAAUACAGUGAAAAACAUAUAGUUUUUUUUUUUAUUUAACAAAACGACGCUGAUUUUUAAUCUAGGUAUGCGAAUGAAAAAGAAAAAAUAAAUAAUAAAAUUCAAGAUAGUAAAAAUUCAGGGAACAACGCUCAACGAUCAGGAAUUGGUGAAGAACUUUAUUUUAUGCGAAACGAGAAAGGCGGUGGUGUGCAAGAACCGAUGAUUUCUCGAAGUUCAGACAGUGAAAAAAAAAA